CCCUUCUCCACCUCCACCUCCACCUCCACCACCACCACCACCACCACCAACAACAAAAAACAAUGAUUGAAAAACUCCAAGCCCCCGCCGCCUUCACCGGCCGUCUGCCGCGCCAGAUCCAGCGCGCCCUCCCCGUCUACCUCGCCUGCAUCCUCAUCAUCCUCAUCAUCUCCCACGCCGACUCCCUCGGCGCCCCCCUCCGCGUCGCAAAGCGCGGCUUCUCCCAGCGACCCCUCCUCGCCACCACGUUCCCCCGCAAGAUCUGGCAGACCUGGAAGGUCGACCCGCUCGGCUUCGAGGAGCGCGACUCCUCGUGCGCGCGCACCUGGACCUCCAAGAACCCGGGGUAUCGCUACGAGGUGCUCACAGACAGCAACGACCUUAUGUACGUCGAGUCGCACUACGGGCCAGCUGGGCUCAACCGCCCGGAUAUCCUCGAAACCUACCGCUCUCUGACGGCCAAGAUCAUCAAGGCCGACCUGCUGCGGUACCUGGUCAUGUACGUCGACGGCGGGCUGUACACCGACAUCGACGUUGAGGCGCUCAAACCCAUCGACUCCUUCAUCCCCGACCGCUACGACGAGGGCGACAUCGACAUGGUAAUCGGCGUUGAGAUUGACCAGCCCGAGUUCAAGGACCACCCUAUCCUAGGUCCUAAAUCCCAGUCCUUCUGCCAAUGGACCUUCAUGGCCAAGCCCGGCCUCCCCGUCAUGCUGCGUCUCGUCGACGGCAUCCUCAUCUGGCUCCAGCGUCUCUCCGAGGCGCAGGGCGUGCCAAUCUCACAACUCAAACUCGACUUCGACGAAGUCAUCUCCGGCACCGGGCCCUCCGCUUUUACCUCCGCUAUUCUCGCUGAGAUCUCCGCUGGGGCGGGACACGCGGUGACAUGGGACUCCUUCCACGCCAUGCGCGAGUCGAAACUCAUCGGCGGCACCCUCGUGCUGACGGUCGAGGCCUUCGCAGCAGGGCAGGGCCACUCCGAUUCCGGGAACCACAACGCGCGCACCGCAUUAGUGAAGCACAGGUACCACGCCUCUGGGUGGCCGACCGUGCACCCGCGCUACAGCCACCCGGUGUAUGGGGAGGUGGAGAGGUGCAAUUGGGGGAUCCAGUGUAUCCAGCUGUGGGACGCGAACACGGCGGCGUUUGAGGCGCUUUCGUUGGAGGAGCAGGCGAAGAUGGUGGCCAUUAAGGAGGUGGGGGAUGCGCAGAAGGCGGCGGCGGCAGCGGCGGCGGCGGCGGCGGCUCCGGCGUUGUGAGAGAAGUGUAGGGGGACGUGAGGGAGUGAGAGCGGUGGAAGGAUGGAAGUGAGAGUGAGGAGGGUUGAAGAGAAGAGAAGAGAAGGGAAGAGAGGAGGCAAGCAGGACUGUGCCUGGCUGCCUCGUGAGCGAGCCCUGGGAAACCGUCAUUUCUGUGAGAUGCCAGCUGGCUGUGGCUGUUGCAGUGGGGAUAUUUAGAUGAGAUUGGGAUUGAAUCCUUCAUACGCGGAGUCUUGGGGAUGGCGAAGGGGAAGGGGGAUAGAUGGAUGGUCUGGUCUGGUCUGGUCUGGAUUUGGAUGGAGUAGGCGUCUUGCUUUGUUCACAUAUACGCGGGUUGGUGGGCAUUUUGCGGCAUUGGUGGGGGAGUUUUGUUUUGGAGGGGGUGUUUUGAAGAUAUUGUGGCGGGGGUGAGUGAUUUGGAGAAUAUUUUUGGUGGUGUAUAUAGAUAUCACUGUUGGGCAUAAACACAUUCGUUUAGCGGUUGGGGUAUUAUGAGAUUAGGCAUACAUACCGUCCUGUCGGAAUAGGAUGAGAUUG